AAUCGCUCCCAGGGAACGGGAAUCAAGGCAGGGAAAGGCAUUCUAGCCGAGUCGCUUUGUGCCGUAUAGGUUCUCAGAUCGCUGUCUCCGUGGAAGAACCUGCUCUUUCUGCAACAUCAUGCGCGAAAUCGUGCAUCUGCAAGCCGGCCAGUGCGGUAACCAGAUCGGUGCAAAGUUCUGGGAAGUGAUCAGCGAUGAGCAUGGCAUCGACCCAACCGGAUCAUACCACGGAGACAGCGACCUGCAGCUAGACAGGAUCAGCGUAUACUACAAUGAGGCUUCAGGUGGGAAGUAUGUUCCCCGUGCCAUUCUGGUCGAUCUGGAGCCAGGAACCAUGGACUCCGUCCGAUCUGGUCCCUUUGGCCAGAUCUUCAGGCCCGACAACUUUGUCUUUGGUCAGAGUGGGGCGGGUAACAACUGGGCCAAGGGCCACUACACAGAGGGAGCCGAGCUGGUCGACUCGGUGAUGGACGUGGUGAGGAAGGAGGCCGAGAGCUGCGACUGCCUGCAGGGCUUCCAGCUCACCCACUCCCUGGGCGGUGGCACCGGCUCUGGCAUGGGCACCCUGCUCAUCAGCAAGAUCCGCGAGGAGUACCCCGACCGCAUCAUGAACACUUUCAGCGUGGUGCCCUCGCCGAAAGUGUCCGACACAGUGGUGGAGCCCUACAACGCCACCCUGUCAGUCCACCAGCUGGUGGAGAACACAGAUGAGACCUACUGCAUCGACAACGAGGCCCUGUAUGACAUUUGCUUCCGUACUCUCAAGCUCACCACACCCACUUACGGCGAUCUCAAUCACCUGGUCUCCGCCACCAUGAGCGGCGUCACCACCUGCCUGCGUUUCCCCGGCCAGCUCAACGCCGACCUCCGUAAACUGGCCGUCAACAUGGUGCCCUUCCCCCGUCUGCACUUCUUCAUGCCCGGCUUCGCACCACUCACCAGCCGCGGCAGCCAACAGUACCGCGCCCUGUCCGUGCCCGAGCUCACCCAGCAGAUGUUCGACGCCAAAAACAUGAUGGCCGCCUGCGACCCCCGUCACGGACGCUACCUGACCGUGGCAGCCGUCUUCCGUGGCCGCAUGUCCAUGAAGGAGGUGGACGAGCAGAUGCUCAACGUGCAGAACAAGAACAGCAGCUACUUUGUGGAAUGGAUCCCCAACAACGUCAAGACCGCCGUCUGCGACAUCCCCCCUCGCGGCCUCAAGAUGGCCGCCACCUUCAUCGGCAACAGCACCGCCAUCCAGGAGCUCUUCAAGCGCAUCUCCGAGCAGUUCACCGCCAUGUUCCGCCGCAAGGCCUUCCUCCACUGGUACACGGGCGAGGGCAUGGACGAGAUGGAGUUCACCGAGGCCGAGAGCAACAUGAACGACCUGGUGUCCGAGUACCAGCAGUACCAGGACGCCACGGCCGAGGAGGGCGAGUUUGAGGAGGAGGGUGAAGAGGAGGUCGCCUAAAACCUCAUCGAGCCCGAUAAGAGGCCCACCCCUCCCCCAUCAUUCACUCACUCACUCCAUUCUAACUCCAUCCUUCUGCUUUCCUUCAUGGUAGCAGAUGGCCACUUGAAAGAAAUGAAUGGUUUUCUCCCACCUCUCCCCCUUUCAGUUUACAAUCAUCAUCUACAAUCAUGGUUUCUCUCAUUUAGUAAUCUUGAUGUUUUGUGGACCAUCGUGAACUUUCUAUUUAAUUUGACAUUGUGUUUUUGUAUGUUGUGAAUGCACUGCACCACAUUGCCCACUCAUUGCCUUGCAAAAGUGAAAAUCAAACGAUUUUAACUGUGAAGCCUUCAGACAGGGAUAUGGUACUGCUGAAUAAAGGCUAAUUCUAAAAACUAAGAUGUGUGUGACCAUGUGUUUCAUUAACCUGUCUCACGCAGAUGGAUGUUUGCGAGCUCACGAAGUUGAGUGAAAAUGCACGAAUGGUCUGCG